UAGAUACUCGCUUGGCAAACUGUCAGAUACUAUCGAGGCUACUGAUACGGCAUUCGUCCAUGACUCCAUUGGUUAAUCUGCAUCGCCUAUCAAUUGCUUUGAUAUCGCUUCCCCCUCUUUCAGCUGCCGAGUUGACAAUGCGAGAAAGCGCUUCAACCUAUUGUAGGGGGGGAUAUAUUAUUUUCAGUCUCAAGUUGCGCCAUUCCAGCCUCCAGUUUAUAUGCCACAGGCAUCUUAAUUAUUCAUGCUUCUUGCAUAUUACGUAUGUACAGAAUGAAUGCCUUGUUAUGAGAUCAGUUAUGGUUUAUAUUGCAGUUUUAUAUUGUGGGUUUAUACUGAAGACUGAUUGGUUGGAUCGGUCGACUAUUGUUGCCGUUCUCGUUCAUAGCUCUCCACUUGCCUGCUUUGACGAGGCUUCCAGAUUAACCCCUUCACUAUGUAGAUAAUCUAUUUGAAGAUUCUCACUGUCUUUCUGUUUUCGAUGUUACAAUGGUUCUUCUUUCUUUCUCCUGUUAUCGAAGCCAGACCCAAUCCUUCCGCCGACUCUUGCAACCUCCCUACCUCUCUUUGUCGAAAUGUACCUAUCCUUGGAGCUCAACGACGAACGGAGAAGCCGGGACUGCCCCUCUGUGG